AUGACAAAAUUCGACGGAUCAAUGCAGCCCUUUGCAGAAAAUAACAACAAGCUGAAGAUGAAAGUAUACGACACCUAUGUGCUGAAUGAGGAACAGGAAAGAAACCACCUCGUGGAAAUUCCUGGGAGACAGUUUCAGUCAAUUGACUCAGAGAGAACCUCUGAGAGACUUAAGGGAAGAAUAGUUGAAUACCCUGGGGUCAACGAGUCCGACAUCGUCUACGUAUUUACGAGAAAGCUCCUCAGCAAGGAAGGUUCUCAACAGACUAGUUGGGACUGGUACGAAGAUAAAACAGGACCCUGUGGAGGACGUUUGCUGCCCAACAUCUACUACGACCCUCCCUUUCCUACCUAG